GAAAUACAUGUAAAUCUCUGACUAUUUCCGUGCCUGCAUAGCCAGUUCCGAGAAUUUUAAACUGCGAUCUCCGUUCACCAUCAGUAACUAUGGAAACACAAAACUAAAAUUUGUUUAUGAAGUUAAAUUCUUACAGCACAAAUGUAUACGAGUAAAAGGUCCUAGGAUUUUUAAUAGCAAACCUAAAACUUAUCUACUGUUACAAAAGGGAUGAAUUUAUUGUGAGCAGAUUUACGGUUUUCGUUUCUGGUACAAUGAAAACCAGAGGUGACUACUCUCCAGAAAAUUGUAUGUUUGAUCACUUACAGAUAUGAUUAAACGCUUCUUCGUCUCUUCUUUAUCAGAGACACCAAAAAAAUUCGCAAAACCAUUGAGAGUAUUGAAACAACAUAUACAGCAUUUGCAGAGAGUCAAACAAAAUUUAAACACAGUAACAAGGAUUGGAAAAACAGAGAAUGCAAAAGAAAAACGAAUGGGUUUUUUAGAAAACUUGCCAUUUGGAAAACUCAGUGAAAACUUGCACAAAUUGUGUGAAGACGAGCAGUUGAAAGAAGCCUUAGAUGUGGUUUUGAGAAUGGAUAAAUUUGAAACGAGGCUCGAUAGACACGCGUAUGUUUUGUUGUUAAAAGUCUGUGGUAAUUUGAGAGCGUUGGCAGAGGGAAAAAUUGUGCACGCCCACAUGAUUUUAAGUGGAAUUGAGGAGGAAUCCUUUGGGUAUAAUAAGCUUGUUAUAAUGUAUGUGAAAUGCUGGAGUUUGGAUUUUGCACGUCAAGUGUUUGACAAAAUGCCUAAACGGGAUGUGGUUUCCGAGACUGCCUUGAUUGCAGGAUACGCGCAGAGUGGGAGAAGUAAGGAUGCACGCCAAGUGUUUGACCAAAUGCUUGAGCGAAAUGUAAUUUCGUGGAAUGCGAUGAUUGCGGGGUAUGGGCGGGCUGGGUAUGGUGUGGAGGCUAUUAAACUUUUUAAUCAUAUGGGAGUUGGGGGCGUGAAGGCCAACCACUUUACGCUUUCGAAUGUUAUCGGCAUUUGCGGAGGGUUAAAAGCUUUGGAGCAUGGCUUGCAGGUUCAUGGUCAAAUCAUCAAGAUGGGAUUUGAGUCAGGUGUUGCUGUAGGAAAUGCUCUUAUUGAUAUGUAUGCUAAAUGUGGGAAUGUGGAUGCGGCAUGCUCUGUAUUUGGUAAUAUGCAUGACCAAGAUGUUGUUUCGUGGACGGCUAUGAUUGCGGGAUAUGCACAAAAUGAUAGGAUAGAUGAUGCACGCCAACUGUUUGAUAGAAUGUUUGAGAAAAAUGUGGUUUCGUGGAAUGCAAUGAUUGCAGGUUAUAUUCAGAAUGGUCUUGAUGAGGAAGCCCUGUCACUUUUUGAGGAAAUGCAGAGGAAUGGGAAGAAACCAAAUCAGUCCACCUGUGUGAGUAUUCUGAAGGCGUGUGCAAGUUUAAUUGAUCUAAGAAAAGGAAAUCAGGUCCAUGGAUACAUCAUCAAAAUGGGAUAUGAUUCGGAUGUCCAUGUGGGGAGUACUCUUAUUGACUUGUAUGCCAAAGGCAGAACCUUGAACGAUGCGUGCAAAGUGUUUGACACAAUGCCCGCUCGAAAUACGGUCACAUGGUCUGUUAUGGUUACUGGGUAUUUGCAGCAUAGAAAUAUUGAUGAUGCAGAACAACUUUUUCAUAAAAUGCCUGAACGAAAUGUGGUUUCCUGGAAUGCAAUGAUUGCAGGAAGUGCUCAGAAUGGGCUAGUUGAUGUUACAUUGAAACAUUUUAUACAAAUGCAAUGUGAAGGCAUAGAGCCAGAUGAGUCCACCUUUUCAAGUGUCAUCAGUGUAUGUGCCAAUUCGUAUGCAUUAGAACAAGGCAAACGGGUUCAUGCCCUCAUCAUCAAUAAGAAAUUUGAUUCAUAUCUCUCUGUUGGGAAUUCUCUUAUUACAAUGUAUGCAAAAAAUGGAAAAAUAGAUGAUGCAUGCAAAGUAUUUAACAGAAUGUCAAAACAAGAUGUGGUCUCAUGGACUGCAAUGAUUACAGGAUAUGCCGAAAAUGGGAGAACUGAAGAGGCGCAACUACUCUUUGACAGAAUGCCUAUACGUAAUGUGGUCACAGGGAAUGCCAUGAUUACAGCAUAUCUCCAUAAUGGGAGGAUGGGAGAUGCAAUCCAAGUUUUUAGUAAUAUGCCCAACCGAAAUUUGAUUACAUGGAAUGCCAUGACUGCUGUAUAUGCAUGUGAAGAGGCUCUGGGGAUCUUCUUUCAAAUGCAUCAGGCUGCUGUAACUCCAGACCAAUCCACCUUUUCUGGAAUUCUUGGUGUCUGUGCUAACCUAGCAGCUUUAGAGAAGGGUAAGCAGGUCCAUGCAUACAUUAUUAAGAAAGAAUUUGAUUUGGAUGUUCUUGUAAGCAAUGCACUUAUAUCCAUGUAUGGGAAAUGUGGAGAUGUUGACAAUGCACGUCAAGUGCUAGACAAAAUGCAGGAAAGAGAUACAAUCUCAUGGAAUGCAAUGAUUGCAGGAUAUGCCCAGCAUGGAAGUGGAAAUAAGGCACUUAGACUCUUUGAGCAUAUGCAACAGUUAGGUGUGAAGCCUAACGACAUCACAUUUAUUAAUGUUCUGACUGCAUGCAGCCAUGCAGGCCUAGUCAUUGAAGGCUGGCAUUAUUUUCACUGCAUGAGCCAAGAUUAUCAAAUCUCACCAACGGCAUAUCAUUAUGCCUGCAUGAUUGACCUUCUUGGUCGUGCCGGCCACCUUGAUGAAGCAAAGAACUUGAUCUGCAAUAUGCCAUGUGAAGCCGAUGCUGUUGUGUGGGGGGCCCUUCUUGGUGCUUGCAAAAUCCAUGCAAACAUGGAGCUAGGAAAAUUUGCUGCGGAGCACCUUUUUGUUUUGGAACCUCAGAAUGCAGCUGCAUAUGUAGCUCUAUCAAACCUUUGUGCAAUGGUUAAUAGAUGGGAUGAGGUUGCAAAAGUGAGAAUUUUGAUGAGACAAAGGGGAAUAAAGAAGAAGCCAGGAUGCAGCUGGAUUGAGAUCAAGAAUAGGGUGCACACUUUUAUUGUUGGAGAUAGAUCACACUCGCAAACAGAAAAAAUCUAUGCCUUGCUUGCAAGUUUGCAUAGGCAAAUGAAGGCAGCAGGGUAUGUGCCUGAUGUGUUUUCCUUGGCACAUGAUGUAGAAUAAUGAAUUGUGAAACAUUUUCUGCCUUCAGAGUUAUGGUUGAUGAUUGAUUUCAACCUUCAGGGUUAUCAAUCCAAAUAUUGGACUGCUAUUAAGCAAGGUGUUUAAGAGUCAACUUCAUUAGUGUAGCAAGUGCCAUGAUGCAGCAAAGUUCAUCAUGUUUAUCAAUUCAACCUUGGGACUUCUAUUUAGUUUUGUAGGAGCCACUUUCAUGUGUGAAGCAAGUGCCCCCCUGCAGCAAUGCAUAUAUUGUGUGGAGAAAGAGCUGGUUGCGAGAGAUGCCAACUGCUUCCAUUUCUUUAAAGGUAUGGAAUGACAAUGUUACUGAAUCUGUCAAAGGCUCGAGGAAAACUCAGCACCUCACUUAGUUAGCUGAGAAACAAAGAAAACAGCAUCCAGACGAAAUAAUUGGAGAUACACUUGAAGUUUACAUUUGAAUCACCUCCAGCACAAAAUUUUGAAAGGCUUAUUAUUCAAAUUCCCUUUAAUAUAUGGGGCGAGGGAUAUUUUGAGAUGCAGGAGCAUCUCAAGGGUCAAGAAAUCAGUAUCAUGGUUAUAUUUGCUCUAUCAUAUCACCUAUUGUGGGGGUAAUUAGGUAUGUAGAUACAAACUCUCCUAGUCUUUGAGAGAUCUAUGAGAUUUUUUAUAGCAUGCUUGAUCAAAUGAAGCAAGCAAUUUGUAACAAGGACCUUGGAUUGCACUCCUAUGAGGAGCAUAUUAGGCCUAUUAUCAUAGAGGUGGAACACAAUGAACACCCCUCUUCAUAUAGCUGCUUAUGCUCUUAAUCGAAGUGGUGUGCACCUAGACCUGGCCAAAUGCUUCCUUUUGAGGAUGAUGAGGUGAUGGAGGGGCUUAUGGUAGCCCCUUGCAAAAUGUAUAGAACCAAGGAGGCAAUCAUACUUUGAGAGCAUUUGCUUCAGUUUUCCUAUCUUCAAGGUCCUACAUUCAGCAAAAUAGAGUCUAGGACAGAUUGGGCCACUAUUGCACAAAAAAACCCAUUGGAUGGUGAAUAUUUCAUGAGGACACACCAGAAUUGAAACAACUUUCUAUUCAUUUACUCUCACAAAUUGCUAGUUCCUCUGCUGUAGAGAGGAAUUGAUCCAGGUAUGGCUUCAUCGACCGUUAAGUGAAACAAGCUUACCUCGAAAUGAGUUGAAAAACUAGUUGCUAUUCAUAGUCCCUUGAGACUUCAGGAUUAGCAGACUACUGAGUAUCGACAAAAUCCAACAACACAUUGGGAUGUUGAUCCCGAAGAUGUUAGGUAGAUUGACAAGGAGGAGGUGCAACAUGGUUGGGCUACUGUUGGAUGAUCCAAUUCAAGUAGAGAGUGACAGUGACACAGAUGGUUCUAAAUCUUUGGAUAUUGAUAGCCUAAAAGAGGCUUAGUCUCAUAGAUUGUUGUAUAUUGAUGUCUGAGACUUUGGGUUACUUUAACAACUUUAUUUUUUAAUUUUAAAAUUGAACAAUAAAAUACUUUAAUACUUAA